AUGCCUAGAGGAAAACAACUUCCGGACGAUGUAAUCGAACGCUUGGUCGGACUCAUCAGGGAACGUCCUUUCAUCUACGAUGCCAAGGACGACAGUCAUAUGGAUGCACAGAAGAUGAGUAAUGCCUGGGAGAGCAUAGCAAAAACGUUGAAAGUGGAAGGACUAGAUGUUGAAAUAUCACUGACCCAGAUGCAAGUUCAUUUUUUGUUAAAAGCCAGGGCAAUGGAUCUUAAGAAGUCAAGCGUCUAUUUUAUAGUUCUAGUGUUUUUCACACAUGUUGCUCGUGGUAUACAGGAAAUUAACGUUGUUGAUGUAAUACAAGAGAACGCUCCAAAUGGAACACUGCUCGGAAAACUUUCCCUUGAUAGUGAGGAAAGUAACUUGCGACCGUCUGAUUCUACCAAAGAAUUGAUCGACUUUGUUCCUGAUGGUGCCACAAAUACAUGGAAAAUUCUCCUGAAAACUGCUCUAGACGCAGAUUACGGAGUUGCAAUGUUACAUUUGUAUUUCGAAUAUGAAAAACGAGGUCAUAGGGACAAAAAGAUAAGUAUAGUUAUUUUAGACGUAAAUGAUGUGAAACCUCAGUUUUUAAAUCAACCGUAUAUAGCUAAUGUACCUGAGAAUGCUGGUAUAAAUACGGUAUUGAACGUUAAUAUUGAAGCAAAAGACCCAGAUAAUGGUCAUGGUGGAGCGGUUGAUUUUAGUUUUAUUGACAACACAUGUACAGAGUUUUCUUUAACUCCUAUAAGUGGACAAAAGGCGGUGAAGGUAUCAUUAAAUGGCCAGUUGGACUUCGAACAAGCACGAUUUUAUGAAUGUACACUUCUAGCCAAAGAUGGUGGAACACCAAGUUUAAGCAGUAUUACGUCAUUAUAUAUAACAGUAAAUGAUGUACAAGAUGAACCACCAAUAUUUACUGGUAUACCAUAUGAUUGGAACGUAGAUGAACAGUCCAGUCAGGGAUUUGAAGUAAGUAAUGAUGUUAAAGCAGUAGAUGGUGAUGUUGGUGUUCCCAACUCUAUUAACUAUACUAUUACAGAUGAUUGUGGUGGAAUAUUUCACAUUGAUCAUUUGAAUGGUAGAAUUACCUUAUCAACUGUACCUGAUAGAGAUUCAGGGAUAAUUCUCAUCAAAAAUGGUGUGUGUAGAGGUCAGAUUAAGGCACAAGAAAUAUCAAAUCAAACCUCCAACAGCAGUACCAUUACUGACUAUACCAUAACUAUAAAGGAUAUAAAUGAUAAUCGACCAAAUUUUACUGCUUCAAGAUACCAGGCAACGAUCGAAGAAAAUAUGCCAGAACAAAUACCACUUCAGUUUACUGGUAUGGAUAUGAGUGUUGAAGACAAAGAUCAGGGUACUAACAGUAUAUUUAAUCUGACAUUAUUGACAUUGGACCAGUAUUUUGAGGUAGAUCCAGUCACAGUAAAUUCAAAAGCCACGGUAUUUAUAAGAGUUAAGAAUAACACCAUAUUAGAUUAUGAAACUCAUAAAUUUUUAAGCAUCAAGAUAAUGGCAAAAGAAACACAAACAUCUGAUGGUAAAACUAGUUUAGCUACAGUUAAUGUGACUAUACAAGAUGCUAAUGAUAAUAAUCCUGAGUUUAAUUCAUCUUUUCAAACUGAUUUACGAGUAGAUGAAAACACGCGAAGUGGAUCAUAUUUUGCAGAUAUACAGGCUACAGAUCGUGAUUCGGGAAAAUUUGGCCAAAUUACUUACUCAAUAAAUGGUGGUGAUAACAAGUUUGCAAUAGAUCCCAGCAAUGGUACAUUAAUGGUAAAUGGAGAUUUAGAUCGUGAAUUAAAAUCUCAAUAUUUUAUAACAGUAGAGGCUAAAGAUGGUGGAAAUAGAAGGUCUUCUAUAUCAUUGACAGUUGAUCUCCUGGAUGCUAAUGAUAACUACCCUGUAUUUCAAAAAGAUGUUUAUGAAGUUUUUGUUGAAGAAAAUAGUAACUUUACUAGAAUUGUACAAGUAACAGCUACAGAUAAUGAUGAGAGGGAUACAGUUAAUAGUUUUGUGUCAUAUAGAAUAAUCAAGUCCAUUGGUGAUCAGCUGAAUAAUUUCGCAAUAACUACUAAUGGUGAACUGGUAUUAACACAAUUUUUAGAUUACGAAGCUUUGCCGUCUGGUGUAGUAAAUAUAUCAGUAAUAGCAGAAGAUCAUGGGGCACCUAGAUUAAAAUCAAACAGUACUACUAUUAUUAUUACUGUAACUGAUAAAAAUGAAUGUUCACCAGUUUUUACAGCCACCAGCUACCAUAAGUCAGUUCCUGAAGACAUUUUAAUAGAUAGUGUUAUACUGACAGUAACUGCAAACGAUACAGAUGGUAGUGAACCCAAUAACCAAAUAUCAUUUACAAUAUACAGUGGUAGUUCAGAUAAAUUCAGAAUCAAUAGUCAAACUGGACAAAUCUCCACUGCUGGUAGUCUAGAUCGAGAGGACACAGAACAAUAUAGUUUAAUUAUUAUUGCUACUGAUAGAGGGUCACCCAGUCUUUCAAGUAAUACCACAGUAAACAUUACCAUCACUGAUGUGAACGAUUCGCCACCUAUCUUCCCCCAGAGAGAAAAAACAAUAAAUGUUCAGGAGAAUUCUACUGGAUCAUUAGCUGGGUUAUUGGGUACAGACAAAGAUGAAAACUCAAGUUUGAAGUAUAGUAUAGACUAUAACUUAUCUCAAGGAAUUGCAGCUAAUCAACAAUCUGUUAAUGCUACAGUCAUUCAGAAUCUGGUAUCUAUUGACAACUCCAAUGGAAGCAUUGUUUUAAAUAGCGGUUUAGAUCGUGAGAAAUAUCGCCAAAUAAAACUUGUUAUUACUGUGGAAGAUUUAAAUGCAAUUGGACAUUCUCAAACUAGUACAGGUAGCCUGAUUAUGAAUGUGAUAGAUGUUGAUGAUAAUCAACCUAGAUUUAACAGUAAAAAUUAUACAGCUUCUAUCACGGAAAAUGCUUCACAAGAUAUCCCUAUUACAUUUAUUUCACCAAACUUUAUGAAUGCUGAAGACAGUGAUCAGGGUGAUAAUGCUAAAUUUGAGGUAGAAGUAAGAGGUGAUAGUGGGACGUUUUCUGUUAUUCCAAGAAGUGUUACAUCCCUUGGUUCGAUAGUUAUUAAAGUUGCUAAUAACGCAAUGUUAGAUUUCGAACAAAGAGAAAGUAUGUCUUUCCAGAUCGUAGCUAAGCCUUUAACUAGACCAAAUAAACCCGUCACAGCUGAUGUAUAUAUCCAAAUUAACAAUGUCAACGAAUUUGCACCUCAAAUUGUUAUCCAUCAUGCAAAACCAGAAAUUUAUGAAAAUGCGACACCAAAUACAUUUGUCACCCAAGUAGAUGUAUAUGAUAAUGAUACUGGUAUCUAUGGACAAUUUAAUUUGAGUUUGAGUGGAGAAUAUGAAUUAUUUACAAUUGUUGAAAAUGGUAGUAUUUAUUUAAAGAAUGCAAGUUUGGAUCGUGAAAAGAAAUCAACAUAUUAUCUGACUAUAGAAGCAUUAGAUACGGGUGGUAAAAGGAGUACAGAGACCAUCGAAGUCAUUGUUAAAGAUAUCAAUGAUGAAAACCCAGUCUUUGUUAAAACUGAGUAUACAGCUAUUUUAAUGGAAGGGGACCGAUAUUUUACAAGGGAUUUGGUUGUUCAGGCAACAGAUAAUGAUGAAGUGAACACAAUCAAUAGUCAAAUUACAUAUUCUAUUAGUGUUAAUGCUUACUCUAAUAACUUCACUAUCGACCAACAAACCGGUGUUAUUAGUGUUCAAUCACCAGUUGACUUUGAGGCCUUACAAUUAACAGACAAUGGUACUAUUCAUCUUAAUGUAACAGCUCGGGAUGGGGGAUUCCCACAACUCCGUCAAUCUACUGAUGUCUUAAUACGUAUUGAGGAUAGAAAUGACUUUACCCCAUCCUUUACUCAUUUGGUUUAUAAUACAAGCAUUUUGGAAACCGAAAGCUCAGGAAACAAGGUUAAUAUCACUCCAGUUUUGAAAGCUACUGACGGAGAUGGAAGCUCUCCCAACAAUGAUGUUUUUUACAUUAUUAAACACGGGGGCUCAGAUAAGUUUUCAAUAAACAGUACAACUGGCCAAAUAAUGGUCGCUAGUUACCUGGACAGAGAGGAGACCAGUUCCUACCAAUUGAUUAUUGAAGCUGUAGAUCGUGGUGCACCAUCGAAAACUGGAACAGCAACAGUGUCCAUCGCCAUUGAAGAUGUAAACAAUAAAGCACCACAGUUUUUCCCUGCAUUUGAUACUAUUUCUGUGAAUGAGACUGGUGAUAUUCUAACGCCUUUAUAUACCAUCAAAGCUAAUGACAGUGAUUUCAAUCCAGAGUUAAAAUAUGAAAUGAUCUGGAGUAAUUGUUAUGGAUUUGAUGAAUAUCAGAAAAGAAUUAAUUUGACUUAUUUGCAGUCCUUACUUCAGUUGAGUGACUCAACUGGCGAAAUAAAAUUAAAGAUGAAUUUAGACAGAGAAACGAUUCAGCAAAUAAUGUUACGGUUUAAAGUAACUGAUGGAAAUGGUAUACCAACACCUCAGACCUCUACAGGUAGUUUGGUUAUUAAUGUAUUAGAUGUAAAUGAUAAUAAACCAACAUUUAGUAUGAAUAAUAUAGUAGCUACUGUACGUGAGAAUAUGCCAGUUGGAAUACCACUUACAUUUAGCAAUAAUGACGAAUUAACAGUUUCUGAUAAGGACAAGGAUGAUAACAGUAUAUUUGAAUUAGAGAUUAUAGAAGGAAAAGAUAUAUUUGAAGUUGUACCAGUUAAUAUUAGAUCAACCUCUACAGUUUUGAUUAAGAUAAAGAAUAAUACUCUUUUAGAUUAUGAAGAACAUCAUAAUUUUACAGUAAAGAUUUUAGCUACAGAAAUAUCUACGAAAGAAAGAUAUAAUAAUACUAUUACUAUUAGUGUGGAAGUUUUAGAUUCUAAUGACAAUGAUCCUGUAUUUACGCAGAACAAUUACACGGGAAGAGUUGCAGAAAAUUCUAAUGAAGACCAGUUUAUUUUGAACGUUAAGGCAACAGAUAAAGACUCUGGUCUGUAUGGAAAUAUAACUUAUAUUUUACAAGGGGGAGAAAAUAAGUUCAAACUUAUACAGAAUGAUUCUCAAGCUUCAGUUGUAGUCAAGUCAACAGAUUUAGAUCGAGAAGUUAAGAAUCUAUAUUAUUUAACAGUAUUAGCUGUGGAUGAAUUUGGUCAAGGCAGACGCCAAACUGUACCAUUAAGAAUCGAAAUUUCAGAUGAAAAUGACAACAAACCUAUAUUUAGACAAAGUGUGUAUGAGGGUAUGAUGAGGGAAGGUGAAGUAGAAUUUGAACGAUCAAUAGUUGUUAAGGCGACCGAUGCAGAUAAUGGUAAGAAUAGUGAAGUAACUUAUCAUAUGAUAAACAAUGACACAAUAAGUAACAAUUUUACUGUCAAUUCCACUACUGGGAUGCUGCUAUGUCAUAGUCCCAUUGACUUUGAAUUAUUAGAUCCUAGUAAUCAGGGAAAAAUAAGAUUGUACAUUGUAGCUCAAGAUAAAGGAACUCCCAAAAAUACAUCGGAUGCUCAGCCAAUUGUUUUAACAGUUACAGAUUUAAACGAUAAAACGCCUACAUUUGAUCACACCAUGUAUAAUGGAUCUAUUGCAGAAAAUUCAACUGAAGGUACAAAAGUUGUCAAGGUACGCGCUACUGAUGGAGAUGGAAGUUCCCCUAACAAUGAAGUAUUUUAUUUGAUUGAAACUGGGGGAUCGGAUAAUUUCAGAAUGAACAGUUCAUCUGGACAAAUAACUGUGGGACCUGGGGCUCAAUUAGAUCGUGAUAAUAUCCCAAAUUCUACAUUUUGGUUAACAGUAUUAGCAGUCGAUAGAGGAACUGACCCUGAACCUUUAUCAAGUUCUUCCACAGUUCAAAUAUUUCUAACUGAUAUCAAUAAUAAACCUCCAAGAUUUCCAUUUGAAAUUGUAUCAAGAAAUAUAUCAGAAAGUCAAACCCCCAAGACUAAAGUUUAUGAUUUCAUGGCCACUGAUCAAGAUACCAAUUCUGAUUUAUAUUAUGCUAUUUUAUGGAAUAGAAGUAAAGCUUAUGAUGAAAAAGAUAAUAAUGUGGACAUUAGUCAGAUACAGGGUUGGUUUGUUAUAGAGAACAAAACUGGGACAAUCAAAGUUAACUCAUCCCUGGAUAGAGAGAUUGCUGAAAGAGUUAUUCUCUAUAUCUUUACUGAAGAUAAAAACAGCGAAGUUGACAAUCCUAAACAAACCGCCACAGGUACUUUAUCCAUUGAUAUACAAGAUGUCAAUGAUAAUAGUCCAGAAAUAAUGAAUGGUAACUCUAUAUUAUUAAAUAUAUCUGAGAGCACCAGUGCAUCUACUGAGCUAACAACCUUAACAGCUACAGACAAAGACAAAAACCAACUUGUGACUUUUGCUAUCAAUGGUACUAAAUAUUUCCAUGUUUCCACAAAUGGAAAGCUGACACUGAUUAAAGUAUUAGACAGAGAAAAUAAAGAUAGUCAUGAGUUUGAGGUGAUAGCAACAGAUAAUGGUCAACCUUCACGCAGUACCAUAGUUCCUGUGACUGUUAAUGUCUUAGAUUUUAAUGAUAACCCACCAAUGUUUAAUAUGAGUGUUACUCAAUUCCAAGUUCCAGAAAAUGCUGAUAACUUAACUCAAGUAGCAAAUGUAACAACAUUUGAUGACGACAUUGGUCCAAAUGCUAAUGUGACUUACCGCUUAUCUGGAAAAGAUUCGGAAGCCUUUAGAAUUGAUUCAAACUCAGGAGAAAUAUUUGUGGACAAACAGUUAAACAGAGAAAGCAAAGAUAGUUACACUUUCAAUAUAGUAGCUAAAGAUAAUCCUAUUAAAGAGUCUGAAAAAAGUAUGAAAGCCAGUCAAACAAUAACAAUAAUAAUUGAUGAUAUCAAUGAUUGUACUCCAUCAUUUGUGCAUUCUGAAUAUACUGCCGUAAUUCCUGAAACUAUGGCAGCAAAAAGCACCAUUUCUUCAAUUUCGCCAGCUUUGAUCAAAGCAACUGAUUGUGAUAUAGGAAACAACAGCCAAGUGAUCUACACAUUGGCAGAUAAUCAAAGCAUGUUAUUUAGUGUAACAAGUAAUGGUGAUCAAGCUAAAGUGGUGAUAUUGAAAUCAUUAAGAGGGUUAGCUGGUAAAUACAAUAUGACGGUAAUUGGUCAAGAUAAAGGAAUUCCAGCUCUAAAUUCCUCUACUUUACUUUCUAUUGAAAUAAAAGAUGAGAAUAUAAAUGCACCAGUAUUUGUUAAAUUUGGACCAAUACCCCGUAUAAGUGAGAUGUGUGUGCAGCAACAUAGCAUUAUUUACCAGUUUGUAGCAUCAGAUGAAGAUAAAGAUAAAGAAAGAAAUGGAAAAGUGAAGUACAGAUUUGAUAAUGAUUCAGCUUUGUCAAAAGAUUAUGAGUAUUUUGAUUUAGAUGAAGACAGUGGUCAGAUGACAUUGGCUAAAUUACUAGAUCACGAAGUUGUGAAAGUUUUGAAGAUUCGAAUUAUUGCAUAUGAUUUGGGUUUACCGGAAAAGAAGUCUGUAAUUACACCAACUUUAACUAUCAAAGUCAAUGAUACCAAUGAUAACCCACCAUCAUUUAAUACCAGUUCUGUAUCAGACAGAACAUUUGAGGUGGCUGAGAACACGGCUAAUCCUACUAAAACUAUUGGACGGGUUGAAGCUACAGAUCCUGAUGACGAUGCUAUAAUAUUUUACUCUAUACUCGCAUCACAUUCGAAGGAAAACUUUAGAAUUAACAGCAGUUCUGGUGAAAUAUCUGUUAUUAAGGAAUUAGACAGAGAGCAAAGUGUCAAUCCUAUUGUAUUAAAGAUUCAAGCCGAAGAUAAAUCAUAUAUUGGAUGUGAUAAUAGUAUUCAGAAUUUUACUACUCGUACCAAUGUGUUUAUCAAGAUAUUAGAUGAAAACGAUAAUCCACCAAAAUUUUUAAAAGAAACCCUCUCGCUUGGCUUUAGAAGCACCAGUCAGUAUGGUUAUAAAAUAGUUGAUUUAAAGCAAUAUGUUACAGACAAUGACACAACCAAAUAUAGUAUACAUGAAUAUAAACAAGUAGGAAAUCUUAAUAUUGAUACUAAUAUAAAGGAGUUUCAGUCGGACCCAAUUCUACUUACAUCCAAUGGUACAAUUUUCACUAAUAUUAAGUUUGAAACCAGUACAGUUGGUCUGAUCAGUCUUGUGGUUAAAGUCUCUGAUGUAGCUGGUGGAGACAAUCUUACACUUAAUUUAUAUGUGAUUGGCGAUAAACAGGUUAUUAAGAUGACAUUUUUAGCUCAGCCCGAAGAAGUUCGAGAAUUUAAAGAAGAUCUUGUUGGAUUUAUAAGUGAUGUUACUGGUAUUACAUUUGUUCCUGAUGAGUUAUUGUCUCAUGUGGAUGAUGAUGGCAAUAUUAUCAAAUCAAGCGCUCUAGAUACCCAUUCUGCUGAGUUGCAAUCCAUACAUUCAAAGUAUAAAGUUAUAGAAGUUUAUAAAGCUUUAAAAGAAAAAAUAAAUAAUGAUGAUGGAGAUAAAAAGAAAGAAUAUAUUUUAAUAGCUGUUAUAGUUUGUUUGGUUGCUAUACUACUUAUAACAGUCUUUAUGUUUCUACGAAACUUUAGCGGUUUUAAGCGUAAAUUGAAAGCAGCAGCAAUUGAUGUUAAAAGCACUGGAAAGAAGAAAGUUGCGGACAUAUCACCAGUAUUACAACAGAAAAGCUUUGGAAAAAAUAAUCCUUUAUUUGAGAGAGAAGAAAUCAACAAUUCGAGUUUUGAUAAUAUCAGUGAUAGAUUAGAUGAUAAUGAAGUCAAUGGAUAUAAAGAGAAUGAAGAGGUUGAAGAAGAGAUUACGUUAGAUCUGUAUGAUGAAAUAGAUAGUACUAGAAAUUUCAGCCAUCAACCUACAGCAUUACUUAAUGCUGCUCUAAGACAUCAUCAGCAAUCCAAAAAUGGGUCAUCUAUGCAAAGUCCAGAAAUAUUCUCCAAUCCUGUUUACAGUCUGAAUAAUGACAUUAACUUGGAUGAACUUGAGACAACAGAAAUCUAA